ACAGACAUCGAUCAGAAAUAUAGAGCUUAGGAAAUUUCUACUUCUACAAAAAUGUCCAACGUGUUUGGGACUCCAAUCAACGACGAUUACAUAAACAAAUUGCCGGACCCUCCGAGUGAGAUAACGGCGGCGGUGAGGGCGCAGUACGCCAUGGACUACAUCAACGACGGCAACAAGAACGACGACGCUCAGAACUACGUCGACGACCUCAAAGCCAAGUACGGCGACGGAAUCAGCUGCCGUGUCGUGUUUUACAAUGCCACCGGUGGCACCCUCACCUACGUCACCGACCACGACUACCAGGGCCACAUCGGCGCCGCCCCUCACCCCCUCAUCUUGCUGAACGGCCAGUGGGGCGCCUUUCUCCACGUCCACCCCUCCGACGCCGAGGAAGGUUCCUCCGCCGCCGCCGUCUACGGCGGCGUGAACGGAAGUGGAGUGGGCCGCGACUGGAUGAUGGCUUGGUCCAUCCCUUACGGGGGCGAGGGGGAGGGGAGCAACCACUCCUAUACCGAGAUACGUGAAUCUGGACAUUUUCCUGAUGUUUGGGAUAUUAUUUAUGAAAAAAUGGCUAACUCUAGAAACGCAUCGGAAGAUACUUGGGGUGGAUGCAAGUCAAAAGCAGUAAUUGAAAAUGGCACUACACCAGCAUAUAUUGCAAUAUUCACUUUGGAAGGUGUUGACGUCCUGGCAUAGCAUAACUUGCUAAUUGGUAUGCGCCUUUGCAUAUCAACAACUUUAAGUGUUAUGUGAUAUUAGGUUGUGUGUAUAUAUACAAUCACACAAUCUGUAAUGAAAUAAACUAUAAUAAUCAAUAGUGCUAUUUUUUGUAGCCUAUUGUGAUGAAAUAAAUAAAUUUUUCAGUUGUUGUGUUUGU